CUACGAGUGGCCAUAAUAGCCCAGCGGCCGAAUUAUGUAAGUGUAUAGUAGGACUUCUCUCACAGUAGCGUCUCAGAAACGACAGCACAGCUUUUUACUCCGCCAGUGCGGGAGUUCCACUAAAUUGUAUUUUACCAACGAACUAUUUUGUCCGCAACAUGUCUUCAAAUAACGUGGCCAGCUUCAAUGAGGCAAGAAGAGUCGCUAUAUUCGGGGGCACACAUGGAAAUGAAAUGUCCGGAGUGACACUUGUAAACCUAUGGAUGAUGAACAGCAGAGAAGAGAUACAGAGGAAGGGGGUCGAAACGCAACCCUUCAUCACCAACCCAAAGGCAGUGGAGAAAUGCUCCAGAUACGUGGAUACAGAUCUCAACCGGGCAUUUACAACAGAGAAUCUCAGCGCCCCAAAUGGGAAGGAUUUGCCCUACGAGGUGCAAAGAGCCCAGGAAAUUAACAGGCUGUUCGGACCUAAAGGAAGCUCGGAGGCCUACGAUGUGAUCUUUGACCUCCACAACACCACCUCCAACAUGGGCUGUACGCUCAUACUGGAAAGCUCCAAAGACCACUUCAACCUGCAGAUGAUGAACUACAUCAAGAAGGCCAUCGCACCAGACAGCUGUCCCGUACUGCUGAACGAAGACCCGGGCCUGAAGUACGCCACAGCCCGAUCUGUGGCCAAACACUCUGUCGGUUUGGAGGUAGGCCCUCAACCUCAAGGUGUUCUGAGGAGCAACAUCUUUGAAGCCAUGAGGAUCAUAUUGAAACAUGCCCUGGACUUUAUUGAAUUAUUUAAUGAAGGUGUUGAAUUCCCUCCGUGCACAGUAGAUGUCUUCAAAGUCUCUGAAAGGAUGGAUUACCCCAGAGACGCCAAUGGCAACAUUAUCGCCAUGGUUCACCCCAAUCUACAGGACUGUGACUGGGAGCCUCUGACCCCGGGCGACCCAAUGUUCCAAACCUUUGACGGCAAGACCAUUCCCUACGAGGGGGCGGGCGCCGUGUACCCCACCUUCAUCAAUGAGGCGGCUUAUUAUGAGAAGCAGCAGGCCUUCGUGACCACGAGAAGAGAAACGUUGGCCGCCAACGCCAUCAGAAAAGUGUAAAAGAAAAACCUGUGGUUUCAUGCUAAUCGGAUUGAGGCAGCAUGAAAACUUUGGCGUUUGGAGAUUUGAAAUAUACUAAGCAAUAAUUUUUUGAUUUUAAAUGUUUUAUUUCCUCCUUUUUUUUUUUUUUAAAUGAUAUAUGUGUGUGUGUGUGUCUGUGUGUUUUUCAUCGUUAUAAUCUUGACAGAAAAGUUUCAUCGCUCCUGUCUAAUUUUGCUAUGCAUUUCUUGCAAAGAGCACUAAUUAACUAUGCAACAAACCCGAGGGAGUGUUGAUUAGGUCCUUUUGUAAAAGGGUUUGAAGUUCAGACUACAUUGUCGUGGUAACUAUUUAUGCUACUAUUGUUAUUUGCACAUGAUUUCCAUUUUAGAAAAAGUGAUUAGUGUCAAAUUCUUUCGCCAUUGUCAUUGUGAUGAAUGACUGAGUAAUCAUACACUGCCGCUGAUCUAUUUCUAAUUUAUAUUAAUGCUUUAUUUCCAUAACUGCUCAGGAAGGCCAUUUGUGAACCUACAUUUUGACCACUGGCUUAAAAGUGUGAACUCGAAAUUGGUACGUUUUUGUGGCCUUCAACUGCAAUAGCAACUUUUAAACCUCCAAAAGAUAACCCCAGGGUUUGCAUCUAUGGUUCUAUCCUAUUGUUGCCUUAAUAGAGAUUUAAAUGUGUUAGUAUAGUGUCGUAUGUUGUAACCAUUUGUAAAGUAUAUGUUUAUUUCAGUGAGCAACUGGGAUGCACAAUUCUAUACCAUAUUUUUAUGAUGUUUGUUAUUUUGAAAUACUAGUGUAUUGGAUGUUAAACAGGGAAGAUGUAUGUAAUUUUUGACCUAAUAUGUUUUUCCUGUGUUGUCUGUUGUCUGUUGAAGAUUUUCAAUGUAAUUUAGUAGUAAAUCUAUUUUCUGUAGGCAUUACUUUGAGUAAUAUGCCUUUUAAAUAUUCUAACUUUUCUGAAUCCUGAAUUUGAUAUGAUCAAUAAAUCAAACAUGCUACA